GCGCAUGCGGCUCUCAGGAUGAGAAAGUCAAAUAUGUCGAUGUGGCUGUAGAUAGUGCAUGUCGGGGCUCAAACGGCGUGAAGUAAAGCAAGCUGAACUUUAAAGUUAUGGAAGUUUUAAUAUUGACCCUCUUGUGGGCCUCUAGUAUCGCCCUAGCUGACAAGGACGAGAGACUGCCUAAUAAAUGUGAAGUGUGUAAGUUCUUAACUGUGGAGCUUCAGACGGCGCUGGACAAGAGCGGGCGGUCCAAGGAGGUUCUGGAACUGGGUGAAGUACUGGACACAGGGAAACGCAGACGCAAAAUCAAGUACAACACUUCGGAAACGCGUCUAACGGAGGCUUUAGAUAACAUCUGUGAAGGAAUUCUGCAGUACAGCAUCCAUGCAGAGAGGCCUGGUAGUCUCAGAUAUGCCAAGGGAACCAGUCAGACCAUGGCGACUCUGAAGAACUUGGUGAAUAAAGGGGUGAAGGUGGAUCUCGGCCUUCCCUAUGAGCUGUGGGAUGAACCUUCUGUGGAGGUUGCUGACAUGAAGAAGCAGUGUGAGACCAUGCUGGAGCAGUAUGAAGACGUUGUGGAGGACUGGUACUUCCACAAUCAAGGGGAGAGGCUGGAGAGAUUCCUCUGUGAAAUGCAUGUACUGAAGGACUCAGAAAUGGAGUGCCUUGCUGAGGUGUGGAAGGGAGACAUGGGGGUAAAGGGAUCUGAAGAAAAGGCAGCGAGCGAUGGAGAGAGUGAAGAGAAAACCCACGAUGCUGGAGAACUAUGAAAAGAAGGUUUAACAAACAAACUGACAGACAUGAUUUGAUGGACUUGCUGCCCAAGUCUUUCCAGUCUGUGGUUUUCUCAGAAAUGCACUCCGCGCAGUACAGCCCUCCAUGGGAUUUUUUGACUCUAUCUGUCUAUCUGGCUGUUCCAACACUACAAAAUACCAGGAGCUAAAGAGGCACUAAGGUUUGUGUACUGAGAUUGCCAUUCUGGCCUGGGUGUUCAAAACCUGCAGCCACACUUCCACAUGUAAUUGUCAGCACGUUCAAGGUAAAUGGACUGUAGUUAUGUUUUGCUUGCAGCAGUUUGCAGGAUUUUACACACUGUGCUGCAUUUGUGUAAGAGCCUUGGACAAGAAUGAAGUAGCCAGUCACUACUCCAGAUUGAAAGGCGCCUGCAUUCUUUGCUGCAAUCAUUUGUCAGGUUUUUGUAAAAUUCCAUUCCCACACAUACCAAUGUGGAGAAUAUCUAGUAUUUAUGUGUGUUAAAGUAGGUGAACGUGGCACUAUGGCAGUUCGUUCACACACUACAGUCAGUUCAGAUUUUAUCACCUCCCACCAGUAUGUUAUAUUAACAUAUAAAUUGUAUGGGACUGCUUAGCCUGUUACAUGAAUGAAGUUGCGCCAGACUCGGAAGCUUUCACUUCUGAGCUGCAUAUCUGGUGGCCAGUUUCUCUGCAACAUGGGACAAGUUCAGUGUGUACCUAAGGCAGUUUCUUCCUCUGUUAUCUAGAACCAUCUGCUAUCUAGUGCCUUGUGGUCUUCCACUCAUUCAGUAUUAAUCAGUAUCUGUUGCAAAGGCAUACAGUGCAUAUUAUGAAGACCACCGCUGCUAAUAUGUACAGUACCAGUCCCUAAUGUGUCGUGUCAGGUCAGACUCACCAAUGUAUGUGUACAAUUAGUUUGCUACCAAAUGUAUUAUGUUGUGACUUAAUUUGGCACUUUCAGCCGUGAAGGUUUCUGUUAUCUCCACAUUGCCUUAUUAGUCAUAGCUGAAUUAAAUUAACCUGGUUUUUAUUUUUCAGCCUCACUGUAAUCUGUAAGGAAACGCAUCACUAGUAUAAAAAGCAAAGCAAUGCAAUGUAUUGAAGUACAACAUGGUACUGGGCUCUACAAUAUUUUCUGUAUCCUAAAAUGAGGGUAUUUUAGUGCUAAGUCAAAGCAUUUAUUAGAAAUAUAAGUUCAUACAUAGUAUCACGUGUAGGUAGGCAAAUGUAUGUCGCUGUGUCGGUGGUAUUUUUCCUAUGCAAGUUGUACUCCUAAAAUGGAGCAUGUACAGAUGUUUGAGUAAAAUACAUUUUUUCAUAAAA